GUAGAUAAUGAAAUAAUUUGAUUUUUCAUGAUUGGGUAUAGUAGUUUGAGUAAAUGAUGUGGGGUGUAUUUCCUGAUCGUUUGGUGGAUGAUUUAUUUUUCAUUGCAAUUUGUGAAUUGCUGUGCGUAAGCGAAGGAGUAGCUGUGGAAAGGCUCGUUGCAACCAUGCGGAAAAGUGGGAAGCAGCCAGAUUUUGUGUUGUGCGUAGGAGAUGACCGUUCAGGUGAAGAUAUGUUCAAGACCAUUGCAAGGUCUGUUGCCAACCAGUUGUUGCCUGCCAUAAUAACAGAAGUUUUCCCCUGCACAGUUGGUCAGACACCAAGUAUGGUAAAAUACUAUCUUGACAAUACUUGUGAAGUCAUCAAAAUGCUUCAAGGCCUUGCAGUAGCAUCUAGACAGCUCCCUAAGGUCGCAUUUGAAGGGUUUCUUUCUAUGAAAUAGUUGAUUUGUGGCAGGUACAGUAUAGGUAUAUGGGUCAGCAUUCACUUGAUCUGUAGUCUAGUUUUUAUUCAGUUGGGCAGGAGUAUAGGAGUAGUACAGUGCUAGUGAGAAAGAUAGCAUUGUACAGAAAACAAGUAUACAUUCACAGGUCACUUGAAACAAAUAUUUGGAAAUUUUAACAUCAGGGAUUGAUUUAUUUCUAGUG